AUGGAGGCUGCGGCGCUCAAAGCGCAGCCCGCGGACGCGACGAUGGAAGAUGUGGGCGGGAACAAGGUGGAGCACAGCCUGGGGGCCAGCAUCGACCCGCCGACAAUAGGCUGUCUCGACGGUUGGAUCGAGUCGCUCAUGACCUGCAAGCAGCUUGCCGAGGAGGAUGUACGAAGGUUGUGUGAAAAGGCGCGCGAGGUGCUUCAGGACGAGUCCAACGUGCAACCGGUCAAGUGUCCCGUCACCGUCUGCGGCGACAUCCACGGCCAGUUCCACGACCUCAUGGAGCUGUUCAAGAUCGGUGGGCCCAAUCCGGACACCAACUACCUCUUCAUGGGCGACUAUGUUGACCGUGGCUACUUUUCCGUCGAAACCGUCACGCUGCUCGUCGCGCUCAAGAUCCGCUAUCCCCAGCGCAUCACCAUCCUGCGUGGCAAUCACGAGAGUAGACAGAUUACCCAAGUCUACGGCUUCUACGACGAAUGUCUGCGCAAGUACGGAAAUGCGAACGUCUGGAAAUUCUUCACGGAUCUGUUCGACUACCUUCCACUUACUGCACUCAUUGACAACCAGAUCUUCUGCCUGCACGGUGGCCUGUCGCCUAGUAUCGACACGCUUGACAACAUCCGGGCGUUGGAUCGCAUCCAAGAAGUGCCGCAUGAAGGACCCAUGUGUGAUUUGCUCUGGUCUGACCCGGAUGAUAGGUGUGGAUGGGGAAUCAGCCCGAGAGGUGCGGGAUACACCUUUGGUCAGGAUAUCAGUGAGGCGUUCAACCACAACAACGGUCUCACUUUGGUUGCGCGUGCACAUCAGCUGGUCAUGGAGGGGUAUAACUGGAGUCAAGAUAGGAAUGUGGUGACUAUUUUCUCAGCGCCCAACUACUGCUACCGGUGUGGAAAUCAGGCCGCCAUCAUGGAGAUCGACGAGCAUCUCAAGUACACCUUCCUGCAAUUUGACCCUUGCCCUCGCGCCGGUGAACCCAUGGUAUCUCGUCGCACACCAGACUACUUCUUGUGA